GGGGAUUUUGAGGAAGUGUAUGACGUCACAUCGAGCAGGUGCGCCAUCUACAAUUUCAAAAUGGCGGUCAUAAAAGAUUUAAAAAAUUUGGAAAUAAAUGCAAACAAUGGCCUCUAAAAUGAAGAACAAAGGCUUGAUCGAUAAAACUCUAACAACAGUUGAUAAAGAUGUUCUUAAAUCAAACGGCUUUACACAUAACACAGAAGAUGAUGCAGAAAAUACUGAACUAGAAAUGGAUCCAGAAGCAGUAAAGCUUGAACGCCAAACAAAGCGUAAUCAGACGGAGCAGAAACGAAAAGUGAAAAUCCGGGCUCUAAUUAUGCAAAUGGGGGCACUGUUGCCAGACAGUAGUAAAACCAUUGAAAAAAAGGGCUCGCGUCCAAUGACUGAAGUCCUUGAAGAGUCUAUUGCUCGUUUGAAGUUCCUGAAUGAAAGGGAUGAGAAUUUUCUGAUGUCACAUGUCACUGAAAUUCAAGCUGAGGAAAUGACGAGAUUGAGAAAUGAGAUUGAUUCAUUAAAAGAAGAGAAUACGAGGUUGAAAAAUCUGUUUGAGCAAAAAGACUUUCCCACAGACAGUUUGGAAAAUCUUGAAAAGCUUUGGAAAGAAGCUAAAUUCACAAGAUUAGAACUUAAUUCUGACUUCGUGAAAAAACUAGGGACUAUAAGACCAGGAAAAACUAAAUCCAGUAGAAAGUCGAACAUCAGAAAUCUGGUUGUGGCGGAGGAGCAGGCAGCUCUGAAUGAAACUUUGAAUGAAAUUACUUCUGCAGAAAACUUUGCAUUUAAACCAGAUGGGGGCAUGGCUGGGCUCCAGAACUUUACAAAUACUCAAACAGCUGUGUUUAACAAUGGUGCAAUGUACAUGUCCCCUCAGGGUCAGAUUCAACAGGGGAUGCCACCACAAGGUAUGCUUCCUCAGGUGUCUCAACCCCAAGGUAUGCUCCCUCAAGUGUCUCAGCCCCAAGGUAUGCUCCCUCAAGUGUCUCAGCCCCAAGGUAUGCUCCCUCAAGUGUCUCAGCCCCAGGGUAUGCUCCCUCAGGUGUCACAACAACAAGGUAUGCUCACAAUUGACACAGGUAAUACCCAGGAAACACAAUCGGACACAGCGCCAGCUUCAACUACAAUGACAAUGAGCUCGGAAAAUCUUCCCCCUCAGGGAGGACAGAAUUUAAUCUCUACAAUGCCACCAGGGAUGAUCAUGCCUCAACCUACCCAUCCGGGCCAGGUUUUAUUAAUUAACGAACAUGGCCAGCCUAUCGGCUUUGGAGGCCCAACUUUGGAAAUGCCAAACAAAGAUGGCACCAGUGAACAAUCUAGUGGCGCUCCUGGUGGUAUGAUGUUUCCUCCAGGAAUGCCAAAUCUGCCCCAGAAUUUAGUUCAGACAGGUCCUGGUCAGUUUAUGACAAAUAAUAGCCUCCCCCAGGCAUUGAUUCUGCCCAAUGGACAAAUAGUUCCUGUUGUGACUCAGCCUAUUGUCAUGCCUCCUCCGGGUCAACCAAUAAGUAGUAAUAUGAUGAUUCCUAACUCACAGGGAAUCUUGGCUCAUCCUGGUGGAAUAAACAAUGAAAUAAAUACCCAAUUUACUAUGAAGCCUCCAAAUCAAGUAUCACAGCCACAGACUAUGGCACCUCAAGUAUCGCAACCACAGACGACGACAUCUUCAGAUUCUGAUUCGACUGUGACAUCACAGCCUACAUCACUAUGCACAUCAACUUCAGUGACUUUUACAACAUUAGCACAGAACUCACAAACUUCACAGCCCAUAGCUAUUGGAUCAUCUAUUGCGACUUCUGCGGGUCAGUUAAUAUGCCAGCCACCUAUAAUAAGUUCUAUGGGGCAUCGACCUAUAAUGCACCAGGUACCAGGCCAGCCAAAUCAGGCUCCUGUUAUGAUGUCAACCAACAAUACAUUGACAACAACAGCUACAAGUGAUGGCAAUGCAAUAGGCUCAAAUGUAAAUUCGGGCCCUGGGCCCAAUGCAAUAGGCCCAAAUGGGAAUAUAAUUGGUCCUGGUGGUCAAACAGUAGGCCCAAAUGGAAGUAUUAUAGGCCUUGGUGGUAAUCAGUUAGGCCCAAAUGGAACUAUGAUUGGUAUACCUGGCAACAUACGGCCCCCAGGGGUGACUGUUAAUGGACAGGGGCAGUUGAUAGGCCCCCCUGGAGCUAUAGGCCCUCCAGGGACAAUGUUCAAUGGUCCGGGUCAUCCCCCAUCAGGAAACACAGUAACAGCAACAGUGCUGACAUCUAAUGGCAAAAUUAUCAUCCAGUUACCACCUGGAGGUCAAAUUGACCCAAAUACAAUAAUCACCACCCCUGGAUUGGGCCUCCCUGGCAGCCCACUAGGGGCACUGGGACAGAAAAAAGCUGCUGGGCAGAGACUAUUGAUGCCUAAGCCAGGUACAGGGUCAGUGGUGCGACCUCCAAUAGACAAUAACACACCUAUAUCAACAUUGUGGAAUACACCCCUUAUCUCCAAUUCUGAUAACGAGACAGUGCAGAAGAAUCUAAAUGAAAUAAAUCAGAAAACACCAAGUAAAAGUAAAAACGGUAAGAAAAAAUCAACCAAGGCGAAAAUUAAAGUUGAAAAGAAGGAUCCAAGUGCAGGCACUAAGGAUGAUGAUAUUCUCGCAAAAGCAACGGCAUCCAUUUUCUCAAAUAUUGAAAUAUCACCUCCUAUUGGUGGAAUCCAUGACGGAGCUCCAGAUGAGGACAACCCACUCCAGAUUGACAUGGGAGCCAUGGAACAUGACACAUAUAAUACUACAAACUCUCAGAAUCUUGACAACUCUCAAACAUCUCAGUCAAGUAGUUCACCCAACAAGUCUAAGGAGAACAACGUGAGUGUUAAUAACCCCUCUAAUCAAUCGAACGUAAUGAUCAGUAUCAGGGGUGUCACGACUCAUAGCUCAAGUAUCACAUCUGAUGAGGUCACUAAUGACGACUCACAGUCUCAACCUGUAACCAGUUGUGAGCCGACAACGACAACUAUGACAACCACGUCAAGUGUUUCAUCCACUGCCAGUGUGACAUCAGUAUCCACCCAGAUGACAUCAAGCACUUCCAAUGUGACAUUAAGUUCACCCAGUGUGACGUCGCCUAAUAAAAAUACAAAGAAGGAAUCAUCUACUAUGAGCACAUCCCCAAGUACUCCACAGAAACAAACAUCUGAUACAACAACAGGGAUGAGCUCUCAUCAAAAUAAUUCUAUAACUACCCCUACAACUGUAUCCCCUUCAAGUAAAACUGCAGCCAAUGUUCUACUUAGUAUGCCUAUGAUUGGUGGCAGUCCCCCAUUAAUGGGAAACCCAAGUCCUAAUUCAUUAUCAAUGGUCAAUACUUUCAACAAUACUGUAGGCAAUAUCAAUACAAGUGGAAGCACGAUUCCAUCAAAUAUGUUUGCCCAUGGACUUAAUAUGCCUAGUUUCUCAGAUCUACAACCAAACCCUAAUGCUUUCAACAGAAAUAAUAAAGAGUCUCAGAAAAAGAAGGAAUUUCCCCCUGCUGAAACCCCUAAGAAAUCCAAAUCAAGACAUCAAAGUAAAUCUAAAAAAGCUCAACACACAGAAGAAAUAAAAGACUCUAAAACUGAAACCCCUCCCAAACCUGAUGAACCAAAUGAGAGUAAUGAUGAUUUAACUUACAAAGGCUUUUCACCUCUACAUACAUCAGAAACAAAUAAGAAAUCAUCAAAAUCAUCGAAAAAAGGUGAUAGAUCACAGAGUAAACAUGAGAAAGUCGAGCAUGAAAAACCUUCAAAGAAUAAAUCUUCAAAGGAUGCUGGGAAGGUACCUCCUGUGAGCACUGACAUUGUGAUGGAUACCAUUGAUAGUGUUGUUAGUAGUUACACAAUGCAUGACGAAUCACCAACUAAAGAUUCACCCGAGAAGCAGACCCCAAAGACAGAAACUCCUCCAAAAUAUCCAGAAUUGAAACACUCAUUCAUACCUGAAUCUGAUGAUCUAGAUACAAAAAAAUCAAAACGAAAAUCAAGGAAAAGUCGGCAAAAAUCUGCUGAAAGGGAACCUCUAACAAUGCCACCCCCGCCACCACAUGAGGAGUCCCAAGAAGAAGUAUUAUUACCUUGGCAAAUUGCUGAAGAUAAAAACCAGAAUCACAUCAAGUCUCCUCCAAUAGUAGAACAACCAAUGGAUUUAGCAAUAAAAAAUCAUGAAGAAUCUGUUGCUAAAAAACAGCAAGAGUCACCUAUUAGUAAAAAAUCCAAGAAAAAAGAUAAGAGAAAAUCUGUUGAACUUCCCAAUACUAUAAGCUUCUCAGAGAAUGAUCUUGAAGAUGUCCUCGAUCAGGUUGAAAGUUUUGGAAAACCUGAACCAAGAAAAUCAAGAACACGUUCGAAACAUAAAUCAAAUACAGACACUGACCAAGAGCCAGCACCAAAGAAGCAAAAGGUAGAAGAGAAGCGUCAAAGUUUGACUGAAGAAUUGAAGAUCUCCACAGGAACGUCUGAUAAUAUCAUAGUAGGGGAGUUGACUCCAGGUACAUCAGGGUCUGAUCCUAAGAGAAGAACAAGUAUUGAUUGGGAUACAGAGGUGCUUGGGAAGUCAAAUGUAAAUAUGCAUAAAAAGUUUAGACCUGAAGGAAUUAAGGCUCCAUUGGAAGCCAAACAAGCUACGAGUAGAGAUGUGUAUGAUUUUAAUGACUUUGAUGACUCCCCUCCAAGUGCAACUCUCAGAAAAGAGCCUGGUUUAUUUAAAUCACCAAAAUCUCAACUAAAAGAACCAGUUGAGAAACCCCUUGAUCUACCCAAACCCAGGUCACCAUUGAAAUCUCCUAAACCACCAAAAUCAACUAGUGAAACUAAGAAACAGGUGGAUAAAAUCCCAGAGUACAAACCCCCUCCCCCUCAGGUCUAUACACCACCUCAGGUGAAGCGCAAGGACAGAAUCCAUGAAAGUGAGGCAAAGCUGAAACUUAAUGAACACACACGUUCUGAGGCCUCUAUUAACCAUCCACCCACAUCCACGCCAGUUAAUAAAGGCAAUCAGAGUGAUGUUGGAAAAGAAAUCAAGGAGAAAGAAUCAAAGGAUCGGGUACCAGAAGUGACUUCUGCAGGUCCACAGCCCCAUUUGUCAACAUAUCCAAUUAAGAAACAUAGAAUUCAAAGAGCUUCUGAACCCAAGCCCCAGUUAGUGUCAGAGCCUCCUAUUGUCACACCUGAUGUACCUACUUAUAGUGAAGGUAAUUCUUCAAGUAAGGCAUCAUCAAGUGGGGCUCCUUGUACUAGAUCUACUCCGCCUGUUAGUGUGGUUGCCUCUGUAAGCACUGUUACUUCUAUAAACACUGGUCCAAUAAGCAGUGCUGCUUCCCUAAGUAGUAAUCCUAUAACCAGUGUCCCUUCCAUGAGCAGUGGAGCUAUGAGCGGUGGUCCUAUAAGCAGUGUACCUUCCAUAAGCAGUGGUCCUAUGAACAGUGUACCUUCCAUGAGUAGUGGUCCUCCUGUAAGUACUUUGGCAACAGUAACCAAGACACUCUCCUCAACAGGCAUGAUCUCUAGUAGUAUCCCCACCUUGAGUAGUGGCCCAUCUCUAAGUGGGGGGCCACCACUUGCUGUAGUCUCAAAAGACAGCAUGCCAAAACUUAUUCCAGAUAAAAAAUCACAAGAGGCUGCGGCACUUGCUGCUGCUGCUCAGAAUCGUCAUGCUGAAAAUAAACUUGAGAAACCAGUUUCAAAAUUGCCUCAAUAUCAAGAUCAUCAGCAACCACAGGGACAGGAUAUGAACAGAUAUCAACAAGACUUCCCAGUGUCUGUGAAUAAUACAAACACAGCAAACUCACAGUUUGUAGCUCCUAAUGUGCAAACGUCCACACAGGCUGUAAUGGGGAAUACCAGCAAAGACAACAUCAAUGUGCCAUUUUCAUCAAACUCAAAUCAGUCAUUCUCAUUUAGUGUAACAUCUGCAACUUCAACUCCACCCGCAUCUACAGCUUCUAACAGUGUUCCCAAAGCAGUUAGCAGCCAUGCAAUGGUACCUGCUGCCUCAAGGGUUAACCCAACACCACCCCCUCCAGUUCGACAUACAGAAAGACACAAACCAGCUUCAAAACCUGGUGAGAACAGACCAGGCCCAUUCCCCUUUUACCCCCUCCAUCCAUCAAUUACCUCCCCUGGUGGAGGGGCUCAUAAUCCACCAGUCUCCAGUUUUAAUAACUUCAGCGGGGAGCGACCUUUAGAUUCCAGUAUUCCUCCUCUCUCAUUCCCCCCUAUUUCAUUGGAUAUCCCCAGUGUUGGUGGACCCCAGAGAGGACAGGGCAAUUCACAUAUGCUGCCACAGACCACCCAGAUGAACCUUCCCUAUGGUGGGCUAGGGGAGGAUCAGAAACAUACAAGUCAAGCAUCAUCUCAAAUGCAUCAACCACCUGGUGGUCUAAACCUAAAUCCUCCAUUCUCAAUGGAUAUGUCUAUGAAUAGGCCUCCUAAUAUGUUUACUUCUAACCCACAGUUGGCACCUGGUAGGGGCUCUACUGCACCACCUUUCAGAAGUAUGGCUAAUGAUAUCCCUGCCCAAACCUCAAGGCCAUACACACAGAAUCCACAGAACAUGGAAAUGCCCAACUUCUCCAUGGGCAGGAAUGAUGGUGGGAACAUGAAGAGAAUGUCUCAACAACGCUCAGCGCCCCAAGCCCCCAUGCAACCCUCACAGCCUGCCCCACCAAGCAAUAUGCCCCAUCCCAACACACUUACCUCGCCACAGCCCCAACAACGAAGAGGAUCAUACCCUAAUUUCCCCAUGCCAGAUAACAUGCAUCCAAGAGAAGGCCAUGAUUUCCGUGAUCUCACUCCAUUAAGUGGCCCAGACAAGUCUAGGACUCCACAACACCAAGCACAUAACAGAAAUGAACCUGGGUACUUCCCUGGUAUGCAGCAAAGUGGCCCCCCAUCUGGCUCUAACUUGCCACCAUCCAACCUGAGGCUGCAUCACAACUCUGAUGCAUCCUCUCAAGCCUCCAAUUUUGACCCCUCCCAGAAUACCAUGCCCCCUAUGCCUAGCUUCAGUUCAGCAACAUUUGAUCCACCAAUGCUGCAGCUACCUACUGAUACCAGUCCCGCUCCCUCCCAGCCCCCUCCCCCUCAGGCCCCUAGCUACCCCACAAGCCAGCCCCCAGCUCAACCCAUGAGGAAACCCAGCACAGAUAGAUCAACAACCUCCAGGAAAGAGACUACCCAACCUCCAAGCAGUAGCGCUCCAAGCAGUAGGAGCUCAUCAAAAUCCACAAAAUCCAAAGCUAAAUCUAAAAGUAAAUCAAACAAUGCAAAUAGAUACCAUGAAGUUGACACUAAUCUCUCAAACUCUAUAUUUGAGCAAGGACGUAGCAUGACACCAUAUUUCUCACACCUUGGAAUCCCAUCACCCCCUCCCUCAAGGAACAUGCAGAGUAGUGAGAUUCCAACCUAUUUGCCUAGUAAUAUAUUUGGAGGUCCUCCUCGACCUUUAUCCAAUGCAAACAAUAGUCAGUUUAACAAGCAGGACCUUGGUAACCCAUAUGCACUGUUUCCCCCGCCUCCCCGACACCAAAAUGGUAUGGGGUCCCUUGGGUUCCAGCCAACUGGGUUCAGCAUGAAUCCGAUGCAUGGGCAACCCUCGAGUCAAUCUCUACCCACUCACUCCUCUGUAGGUGUGACCCCCCAUGUUCCAACAUUCAGUUUGAGUAACAUUUUCCCAGAUAUCAACUCACAAUCAAGUGACUCCAUUAACAUAUCUCCAAUAAAAUUUCCCCAUGGCAACCCCAUGUUGCCCCCCUCCCAAUCAAGUAUGGACCACCCUUCUAUCCCGGCCCACCAGCCAGGGUCCCUCUAUCAACAUAGGCCCUCACCUGGGGUGCUUCCUGGGGGGUUAGGACUCCUAGGGCAGCAUCACCAUCAAAUGUUUGACCCCCGCGUUCCACAAGGCAACCCAAAUAUGGGACCCCAUACAUUCCAUGGUCAUCCAGGACAUCCGCCAACUUUUGGAUUUCCACUUUAAAAAUUGCUGAUAAGUGAUCCAAUUCCCUAAAGAAGAUUACUCCUGCCCCAUAAGGAUAUUGCUUGUUCAAUGUUCCUUGGGAAAUAUGUUCACAAAAUAGGCCAGUUACUCAAAUCGACAGUGAUAUGCUCAUAUAGUGUGUAUUCACUGACAUGUUCAAGUAGAAACUGCAAUUGUAAUUAUGCAUGUAAUGAAUUUCAAAGCCAGAAAUGUUUUUGUUCAUAUGAAACAGGACAUUCACUUGAGAGCUUUGUGCAGCCUGGAAAUAGAGUGUACAAUCUUGUUAAAAUAUAGUUAUAAUUUUUUGAUCAGCUGUAAAGUUGGCUUGGUAUGAAAUCUAUAGAAAGUGUAUAACAUGUACAUGUACUUAUCAGUUGAUCCAUUCAGAGAUAUCGAUACUUAUUAAUCAAGAUUUAAGCAUAAUUUAAGAAAUAUAUAUUUAUUGCAUAAUAACCAGAAUUCCCUCAUAGAAUUGUAUAUAAUCUAAAGCAAUAUGUCUGAAUAUGUCGGAUUAAAAUCAUAGAUACCUAUAAUUGCAACUCAUUGUAAUGAAAUUUGAACGACAUGGAAGUUCAAAAUCUUGAUAACAUGGAAGUUCUUGGAAUCUUGAUAAAGCACUCUCAAUCAUAAACUCAAAACGAGUGACACUACUCGCCUGAUUUAUUGUACCGCAUAAUAUUAGUUGAUUCAUAUUUAUCUUAUUUUUGUAUGGGGUAAAACCAUAUUGUCUGUGAUACAGUCCCUUCAAUAGUAUGAGCUUAAAUAGGACAAAAACAGCGCAAAUUACCUAUAGUCUAAGCGCUUAAUACAUAUAAACACAUUUCACGCUUAUUUCUUACUAAUUUUGUAAACUUAAUUUCAGCUUCAGUUGGUGAGCGAAUGCAUUUUGACUUUAUAAAUGCAAAUUCAUUCACACAAAUCAAAGCAAAAAUCUAACAUAUUUAGGAUGAUGAUUAUUAUUCAUAUUAUUUCUGAAUCUUUGGGAUCCAUAGAGUGUUUUAUUUAGAUAUAAGCAAUUACAGGCAUCCAUGAUUUUUUAUUUAUUUUGAUGAAAUAAUGUUUUGAAAGGAGACAGCUUGCUUUCAGGUUUUGAAUAGAAAAUCCUUAAAGUUUGAGUGGAAAAUUUUAAGGUUUUAAGUAUAAACCCUUAAGGUUUGAGUAGAAAACCCAUAAGGUUUUAAGUAUAAAACCCUUUAAGGUUGAGUAGAAAACCCAUAAGGUUUCAAAUAGAAAAUCUUCC